AUGGAUCUAUUGGGCAGUCCUGCAACUCAGCAACGCAGGAAGGAAAAGAAGAUAUUUGGCCUGAAAGUGAAGAAGAAGAAGAAGAAGAAAGACGGCACUGACCUGGUCCUGGCAAACAAAGGAGCCGUGGACAGUGAGGUCGAGGCUUCCCCAGAAGCAUCUCUCGUACAGGAAGGGGAAACCCCAGAAGACCAGCCUCUCAUUCGAAGAGCAAUAAAACCAAACACAAAGAGAGCCAAACUUCAAACUCGCAUUCAGGACAGCGAAGGAAAACCUGAGAGCUUCCAGAUAGGCAUUAAUAUCACAGAAGCCAGACAGCUUGUGGGGGAAAACAUAGACCCCAGUGUGGUGAUUGAGAUUGGAGACGAGAAGAAACAGACGUCCGUCAAGGAAGGAACAAACGCUCCAUUUUACAAUGAGUAUUUCGUCUUUGAUUUCUUUGCCCAUAAAGAGAUCUUCUUAGACAAAGUCAUCAAGCUGACGGUCGUUCACUCAAAGAUGCUGAAGACGUUCUGCGUGGGGUCCUUUAAACUGGACGUUUGGACAGUCUACAAACAGCCAGGUCACCAGUUUGUCAAUAAGUGGGCAAUGUUGACCAAUCCUGGCGACAUUAGCACUGGUGUAAAAGGAUACGUUAAAUGUGACAUCAGCGUCUCAGCUAAAGGUGACGCCGUGCAGCCGGGACAAAAAGCAAGUGAUGCUGAAGAACAGAUAGAAAAGAACCUCCUGAUCCCAGAGGGGCUUCCCUCUGAACGGCCCUGGGCCCGUUUCUGUGUGAAAGUGUACCGAGCCGAAGGCCUGCCCCGGAACAACUCCAGCAUCAUGGCCAACGUCACGAAGGCCUUUAUAGGAGACAACACAGCACUCAUUGAUCCAUAUGUUGUCGUCAGCUUCUUCAAACAAGUGGGUCGCACAUCCACCCAGAAGUCUUCGGCGGACCCCGUGUGGAACGAGCAGAUUGUCUUCACUGAGAUGUUUCCUCCCCUGUGUCAGAGAUUAAAGAUCCAGGUCUGGGAUGAGGGGAGCAUGAAUGAUGUUGCCAUAGGAACCCAUUACUUUGACCUGAGGCGCAUCUCCAAUGAACAAGAUGGAGACAAAGGGUUUUUACCAACUUUCGGUCCUGCUUGGAUUAAUCUGUACGGCUCAGCUCGAAACUUCUCUUUGGGCGAUGACACAGGGGAACUCAAUGAGGGCAUCGGCGAGGGAGUCUCCUUCAGGGGCAGGGUCUACUUAGAACUGACAGUAGAGAUCCUGUCUGGGGGCACAGGCUCAGACUCCAAACUCAGUCGGAUGAUUAAACCUGUCAAAGACGCAAAAGCAGGAAAAGCUGGUGGGAAGGAUGCUAAGUCUUCUGCUGGAGGCGGAGCAGGAGGAGGUGCAGGGGCAGCUGAUGACGACAAAGGAAAAGCAGGAGCAGCCGAGGUCCUGCCUGUUGAUCCUCCUCCGGUGCCAGCUGAAGAUGAUGAGACCUUCCUGCUCUUUGGUGCUUUGUUUGAGGCCACCAUGAUCGACCGUAAGAUUGGAGACAAACCCAUCAGCUUUGAGUUCUCCCUCGGUAACCAUGGCAAUGUCUUGGAGUCUUCGGUCCAACCAAGUGCUGCCAGUCCUGCAGUGACUCGGAGGAGGAAGGUGCUGGACCUCCCGGACAGCAGUGACAUUUUUGGCUCCUCCCUCACCGUCCCGUCCUCACCCCUCCUCCCCAGAGAUCCCUCUGAUUCAUGCGGAGCCUCGAAAUCCGCUACACCUCCGGAGAAACCACUCAUCGUCGAGGGAAACAGGCACUACAUGUAUUUGCCCCUGGAGAAGAAGAAGCCCUGUGCUAGUGUUGUGAGCUCCUGGGAGGACAGAACCUACCGGCUCUACAACUCCAACAUGCUGGAAAAUAUCGCUGUGCUGUUU